UGGCUCAACUAGGAACCCUUGAAGCAUCAUCUUAAUGCACCAGUGACUCAUGUCACUAAAGGUUUCUCAUUUGAACAUUUUGGAUCAGUGUGGCUGUAAAUCCUUCCAGUAUUACUUCCUCCUGAAGAGGAGCUGACCAUUGUAUGGCCGCACACAAAUGGAUGUUUAAAUAAUCUUUGCUGGUCUUUUCUCCUAACGAUGGCCUGUAGGAAUCGCAUAGUUCCUUGGAAACGGUGUCUGGUGUUUAAAGUUCCUGGCUCCAGCUCCUUAACCUGUAAUGGAAAUCCACCCGUAGAGAUGGACGACAGAAUACCUCCUACAAACUUAAGGAUCAAGUCAUGUCUCUAUUGAUGCAGCGCGUUUCGUCUUGAUGUCUCCAGGAGGGCUACACGCACAAAGCGACGCUGAGCCUUGUUCUGCUCCCAAACUGCGUGGUGGUUAUUUUGUCCCUGAAAAUGAGACAUAUUCUCAUGGGACCAAACUCCAGUACGCCUGUAAUACCGGACAUAAACCUGCCGUGGAGGGUUGGUGGGCAACGAGCACAUGUCACAGAGGCAAAUGGUCUCAUAAACCGCAAUGUAUAGAUGAGAAUGCCUGCAUCCUACCAACUAUUGUCAAUGGAAAAUACACAGUCCCUCAGGAAGGUUGGUUUAAGAACGGACGCGGGAUAUUUGUAACAUGUGACAAACGAUAUGAACUAAAAGAAAAAGUUGCAACUGCCCAAUGCAAAAAUGGGACAUGGUCCUCUUUGCCCAUCUGCCAGCAAAAAAGAGACACAUGCAGUGAGCCCCCUAAAAUCCCACAUGCAGUUGUCAUUCGCCAGCAAUACCAGGAGCUCUUUGCUGCUGAUUCACGAGUUGAAUAUCAAUGCGAGGAGGGAUACACUAUAGAGGAAGCACAAAGAAAUCCAAUCAUUUGCAUGGACGGAAACUGGACCAAUGGCCCAAACUGCAAAAGCAGACCAGUUACUGGACAAGGUGGUUCUGCUGAGGUGGGAACACCAGGGAGCGACACCACAUCUGCUGGUGGUGGGACACAAUCUGGGGGCAGCAGACCAGCUACUGGACAAGGUGGUUCUGCUGAUGUGGGAACACGCGGAAGGGACACCACAUCUGCUGGUGGUGGAGUAGGUAGAGGAUCAUCCACCACCUCUGACGUGAGACUUACAAGAACAACAAUCGACAACUGUGGGUCAGAGCCACUCAUCCUGCAUGGUGAAGUGAUAUAUAAGGAUGAAAGGCAAUUGAAAUACGUGUGUGCUGCUUUUUACACACUUGUCGGUGAAGCCACUGUGGUGUGUUACAACAGUGGCAGUUGGUCACAACUCCCCACCUGCAAAGAAGCUUUUUGUGUCAUGAAACCUGGUGUUUACACACGUGGUUUAACGACACAUGUAGCUGAGUAUAUAAAUGAAGGCCAUUGGAAACAUAUUCCAUGUAUUUGGCGAGAUUAUUCAGUCGCUGUUCACUGUGCUAAUGGAGUGCUCUCCUACACUGAUUGUUGUUACCAUUAUUACCAUGAAGAUGGACUUUGCUCCAUAAUCGGUACAACUAGUUAGAAACUAGUCCUGCCUGUUGGACCACUCACCAGUGACGGAAGCAACGUUUGCAAACUGUUGUCAAACACUGAAGAAGAACUCAUCACUGACUGAUGUUUAACUGGAAGUGCGCUAUUGCCAUCAAUACAAAACUAAAGCUUGCAUGACUAAAACUGUCUGAAUAAAUGUUUGCUAUAAAUUCAAA